AUGAAAAUUUGCAAAAUUAUUAGUGAUGUACCGCUGACCAACCAACCAGACCUGUUCGUUAGAGGAGGAGUUUUUGACCCUGCUCUAAGUGAUCGUAUGUUCAUCUAUGGUAUAGUGAAAGAAAAAGCGAGGAAAGACUCACGUAAAAUCAUCCAUUUUAGGAGCUACAAAAAUUUUGAUCCGGUGAAAUAUAAUAACCUACUAAUGACGGCACCUUGGCACGUCGGAAACCUGUUUGACGAUGUAGAGCUGUACUAUUGGGAUAGAAAUCAUGCAAGACAUCGUGGACGAAUGCUUCCCUCAGAAAAAGAAGCGAGUAGGGGAUAAAGAUACACCCUAUAUGACGACUGCAUGGAAACAUGCCAUCCGAGCAAAGAGAAGAGCUUUUAAGAAGUACCUAAAUGAAAGGGCACAACAAAACUGGGAAGAGAAAGUGAAAUGUCGCAAUGAGGCAGUCAGACAAAGAAGUCUUGUUGUUCGGCAAUACUGGAAGAAAAAGACUUCUGACCUUAAAGAAAACCCAAUAAAUUUUUUUUCGAAACUAUUAAACCGUUUCUUGGAUCUAGGAAGGGGUCAUGGGAACUAAUAUUAACUUAAAAGUUGACAGCAAGAUCAUUGGCAGCCAAGAGACUAUUGCGGAAAUAUUAGCAGAUCAUUUUGCAACAAUAGCAAGCGAUACCGGAGAUGUCAACUUAAGAAACUCCUCGGAGAGUGACUUAAAUAACCAUUUAAGUGUCUUGCAAAUACGAAUGGCGAAUAGUUCAAACCCAAUGAUCAAGUCCAAUCCAGUUAACCAAGUACAAGUCAGAAAUGCUCCGGGAGUCACUUAA